CCGGUCGAUCGUUGUUGUACAGCCAAUUCUUCCUUUCGCCUCCCCCUGGAUUUUCCCUCACCCCCUUUCCAACCCAACUCCGGCGUGUCGUGAGUGAGCUUCUGAACGAGUGCUCAAAGCAUUAUUCCUGUUCCUGAGUGCUCGCGAGUGUUUGUGUGCGAGUGUACAUGUGAAGCCUACCAGCGUGGCUUGCUGGUACACAGGUGAAACAGAGAAGCUGAGAGUGCGUGACCCGCUUGAUAAAGCAUUCUGCUGAUGCUGAAAGGAAAUGAAAAUUUAUUAUCUUUAAAAUGAAACCCCCAACGGUUGCCGCGCUCAAGACGCCAGAGCGUACCGAGGGCAUAAGGGCUGAUUUUGAAUGAAAAGCUACAAAUUAAGUUAAAGUAAAUAUAAUAAAGCUGAUCCAGUGUAUAACCCGUGCGUGUUUGUGUAUGUGUGUGUGUGUUUAGGUAAAAAAGCAACGGAAAAGCAAAACACAUACACCACUACAGUGAACGAAAGUGUGCUCCAGUGUGUGAACUGUGUUGUGUGUGAGUGUUAGAGUGUGAUUUUUGUUGUUGUUGUUGUUGUCAUCCUGUCUCGAGUGUGUGUUGCGUUUGAGCGAGAUAUAGAGAGCGAAAGAGAAAUAGGUAGCACAUGUGUCUGCUCUCCUCUCAGCCUCGAAUGUAAAACGUCAAUAUUAUCCUUGGACAUUUUUGGAGAUUACGCGAAGAGUUGGAGUUGGAAUAAAAAAAAGCUUCCAAUUUGAAGCAACAACAGUAGCGGAACCCAUUGAGCAGAGAAAACAAAUCGAAGAAAAAAGAAGAAAACAACAGCUUUCCGGGGAAAAAAAAACUCGCAACCGACCAGCCUACUUAGUACUACUGCUGCAGCUGAUAUUGCUACGACUACUACUACUACUUCUUCCUCUACAACACCUGCUACUACUACUACUACCAAACUUCAUGCAAGCAGCGAACACGCCACAAGCCACAUGCUAAUCUACGUAUAAUCAGUGCAAGAAGAUGAAUGUCAAUUUGCUUCAACAUCCGUCAAUCAAGUAGAAGAACGUCUGGCGUCCAGCGAUGACGUCACAAGCUGUGUACUGUCUAAGUCUUCAGAUACGUCCAACGGCCGAGGAGGGCAAUGCAACUGCCAGUGCAGCGAACGGUGGCAAUGAGCAGCAACAGCUGGGUGGUAAAUCGGUGGUGGCGGCUUCCGGGGCGGCUACGAUGGUAUCGAACGCGUCCACCAUGGUAACUACCAGCGGUGCCACGCUCCUAAGUGGGCUGGAAAAAUCGGGCGUCACCAUCUCGGCCGAAGCGUCCCGAGCACUGCAAACUCACGCCCUGCAGAUCGCUCACUCGCAGAUCGUUACGACCAGUCAGAGUCCUGCCACCGUUACCGUGGCCACCUCGCAGCAACAACAACAGCAGCAGCACAGUAACAUCAUCCUAGUUCGUGGUUCACGCUCCGAAAACGGGCAAAUUAUCCUGCAGAACACGCACGAACUGCUGAGCCUGCUAAGCGAUGAGGAUAAGCCGAUCUUCUUGCAACACCAGCGCCUAACAACGACCAGUGCCGGUGCAACUAUCACGAAAGCUCACACCACCAAAACACUCUCGGAAGCAGCAGGCACCGGAGGCGCUAGUACGAUCCUUUUCCAGCCAGCCAUCAAGAGCGGAACGCUCGAGGGUAUUAGUGGUGUUGGUGGUGGUGGUAGCACGAUCCUGCUGCAAUCGGAUGCACUCAAGAAGGGAACAACGCUUGAGGUGGGCUCAUCUUCCACGGCGGGCAGUACCGGUGGUCCGAUCUUUCUGCAGCAACGGUUAAGCAAAAAUGGCACCGAAGGUCCGAUAUUGUUGCGCACGCUUAAGCGGCUUGAUAAAUCACAAUCGAUACUGGUGAUCAGAAAUGCUACCACGGCUGGUACGGUUGCAACGGCUGGGAGUACAGUGGUGGCAGCUUCUGCUGCAGGAUCGGGCGGUAUCUCGGUGUCAACGGCCGGUGGUGCAACGCUCGCUAAAGUGAAACCGAUCUCGACACCAACCACAACGGUGGUAACGGUGACGGCUGCACCGGUCGGUGGUGGAAGUGGUGUUGGUGGAGCAAUUGCAAGGCGUGUGCAGGAGGAGGCGGAGGAGAAGAAGGAACCGGUCACGGUGGCGAAGGUUGUCCACAAGACGAACAAUAUGCCGUUGGGUACAGAUGGUGAACCGAUCAAACUUCCGGAUAAUUUGGAGAGUUUACCCCGGGCAGACCAUUUCCCAACCCAACGACACCGGUGGAAUACCAAUGAGGAAAUAGCGGCCAUCCUAAUCAGCUUCGAUAAACAUUCCGAAUGGCAGUCGAAGGAGGUUAAAACGAGACCAAAAAGCGGUUCGAUGCUGUUAUACUCCAGGAAAAAGGUACGCUACCGGCGUGACGGAUACUGCUGGAAAAAGCGCAAGGAUGGCAAAACGACCCGCGAAGACCACAUGAAGCUGAAGGUGCAGGGCACGGAGUGCAUCUACGGUUGCUACGUCCACUCGGCCAUCCUGCCCACCUUCCAUCGGCGUUGCUACUGGCUGCUGCAAAACCCGGACAUUGUGCUCGUACACUACCUGAACGUGCCCUAUCCGGACGACAACAAGAUGGCCGUCAUCACACCGAACCUGGCGCUCUGGGGCGACAAGAAGGAGUGGACGAAGGAGGAGCUGGUCAGCCAGCUGAAGCCAAUGUUUUUCAGCGAGGACGAACCGGACACGGCGAACGAGAUUGAAAUCUCGACGGCCGAAACGGUGGAAGCGAUCGUGAGCCAGCUGAUGGAGAAGCAACGGAUGGCACGACAAACGGCCCUGGUGAAGCAGCUCGAGUGUGGCUGUCCCGAUGCGAACUGUGCCGAUGGGAAGUCUUGUUCGCAUCCGAUGCGACGCAUCAGUGCGGCAAAGAGUGUGCAGGAGCUGGGCAAACGUACGGAUGGACACGGUGGUGGUGGUGGUGGUACGGCUCCGAACGUGCUGAUCGGUUCUCGGAUGUAUCCCCGAUGGUUGGAUAAUCGAAGGAUGGCGACUGGGCGUGUUGAGCAGCAGCAGCAGCAGCAGCAACAACAGCAACAUCCCCAGCACACAAUCCUCGAUCCGAAUGGGGCACGCGCCAUCACACCGAAGACGCUCGACUCGUCGAUACACUUCCAAGUCAUUCCUACCUCGGCGCAGAGCCUCACCGGUCAGAAUUCAAUUAGGCCCGGCAAUCAAAACCCGUCCGCUCUGGUUUCGCUGAGCGGCAGUAACACUAGCUCACAAUUAACAAGUGUCAGUAGUCACAUUACAAACGGCAUUGGCGGUGGCUCGCAAAGCAAUCAUCUCGGAGGACAUCGUUCGGCCAUGAUUAUCACAAGCAAUCAGCAUCAGCAGCAGCAGCAGCAGCAGCAACAUCACCAACAGCAGCAACAUCCACAUCACCAUCCCCAGCAACAGCUCCCCAGUGUGCACUCUCAUUCACACCAUGGACAUCCUCAUGCUCAACAGCAACAUACGCUUACGAUGAACGGCAACAGUAAUUCGUCCAGCAGCAACAGCACCAACAGCAGCAGCAACAACAACAACAACAACACCAGUAACACCAGUGGCAGUAAUGUCGGUAGCAAUCAAUUAACCGCCAUUGGCCACUCCAACAGUCAAGUGACACCGUCGAAUGGGAACGGCACCGGAACAGGCCCGGACCGGUCCAGCACGGUGAACGGCGUACCUGGGGGAGCUCGCGAUGCACGCGACAUCAAUCUAAACGGCAGCAACGAGAAUCAUAUAUCAAUGAUCGGAACCACCGGUCAAACCAAUCGUCCAUCGAAUGGACUCGGCGCGAAUCAGCAGUCCGGAGCGAAUGGAACAUGCGGUGACUCGAGUGGGUCGGGCGCGAUGUCGAAUGGGAAUAGCCAAAGUGGCCAGGGUACGGUUCAUCAUAAUCGAAUUUCGAUUAAUGGUAACGGUGCAUCGGUUGCGACAUCGACCCCUCCGUUGGUGCUAAGUUUGGGUCAGAAUCUUGGUGCGCCUGGAAGUUUGUUGAUUCUGAACGGCCAACAGCAAUCGUACGUGUGCCAAUCGCAGCACCAGAAGUCCAACGAUAAGGAUACCGAUGGGUCCAUCAAAACGGAAGCAUCCUCAGGUUCAAUUGCGAAGCAGGAGAUGAUGGAUGCUUCAUCUUCGCCCGUUCCUUCCCUAACGCAUCACCAGACAAGACAGUCGUCACAGCCGUCGAGUAGUUCACCAUCGUCUACCACAACGGGUGGAACGUCCGAGAAGCAGUCGUUCGAGAGCAUAUUUGGGUAUCAGGAACACACCCCGAUGGCGAGUCCGGUACAGAGCAUGGAGAACAGUGGUCCAACCCAUCAUCACCACGACAAUCUGCCAUUCUUCAACGAAACGCUCGAUCUGUCCCAGGAGGAUAUUCAGAAAACGCUUAGCGCUAACAUGCCACUUGGUGGACACGUCCCCGGGCACGAUAGUACGCCCACGGAUGACGCCAUGAAUGGGGAGAUCAAUCCGAUGGACUUCAUCGAAAACUGUGGCGAUAACCAUGGUACGGUGGAUGACGAUGUGUUCGUCAAUUUGGAUGCGUUCGAUAUGCUGGUGGAGUUCCCGGAGUUGGAGCUGGAUGCAAAGAAUGAGUUCUUGCGUGAUAGCACCGAUGACGGUACGGAUGAUACGACCGGUGGAGGAGAGCUUGCCGGUGACAGUGGCAGUGAGCUCGGACAGUACAAACACCACGUGCAGAACGAGCAGCAGCAGCAGCAGCAGCAGCCACAGCCAUCCCAACCGAUCCCGAACGCGUCCACCAUUACGGACUUCAGUCCCGAGUGGGCUUAUCCCGAGGGUGGCAUCAAGGUGCUGGUGACGGGACCGUGGAGUGCCAGCUCCGCCUAUACAGUAUUAUUCGAUUCGUUCCCGGUGCCGACGACGCUCGUGCAGGACGGUGUGCUCCGGUGCUACUGUCCGGCGCACGAGGUCGGUGUCGUGACGCUGCAGGUCGCCUGUGAUGGUUUUGUGAUAUCCAAUGCGGUCAACUUUGAGUACAAAUCUCCGCCAAAGUUUGAGACGAAGUGUGAGGGCAACGGUAACGAUAUGCUGUACAAGUUUAACCUGCUCAAUCGGCUCGAAUCGAUCGACGAGAAGCUGCAGAUAAAGGUCGAACCGGGCGAGUUGCCUGAAGACACGCUGUUGUUCAAGCAGAACAACUUUGAGGAUCGGCUGGUAAACUACUGUGAGACACUGACAGCGAAAAUGUGGCGUUCCGUAACUCCGGGACCGUUUAUUGAUAAGCAUCAGGGUAUGACGCUGCUCCAUCUGGCAGCAGCUCUCGGCUAUGCCAAAUUGGUACGCACUAUGCUCACCUGGAAGGCAGAGAACUCGAAUGUCAUUCUGGAGGCUGAAAUAGACGCUCUCAGUCAGGAUAAGGAUGGUUACACGCCGCUGACACUUGCCUGCUCUCGGGGACACACCGAGACGGCCAUCAUACUGUACAAGUGGAACCAGAACGCCCUGAACGUUCGCAACCACGCGCAGAAGUCUCCGGUCGAGGUGGCCCGAGACUACGGCCACAGUGACCUAGCGCGCGAACUCGAACGGCAGGAAAAGGAACGACUUGACAUCCAGCAGCGCACACCAACGAGUGCUUCCAUUCCGACGCUUGCCUCCAUCUCGUCUUCUACGACGGCUUCUUCCAGCACGAUCUCCGCUUCCUCCGCUUCGCCAAACAAAUUGCCAACCAACUGCUCGAAUCAUUCUUCCAGCGCCUCCUCGCCAGCUGCUUCACCCGCCCAAACGUCCACCGGCCAGGACGGGUCCGGUUCGACGGCUUCGUCCGCCCCGACGGCCGGGCGGUACUCCGGUACCGAUCUGCUUAGCAAUCUGAACGAAAGCAAUAGUAGCAGUAGUAACAGUAGCAACAGCAGCUCCGGCAGCAAUGGCAGCAGUACCGGUAUCGACUGCAAACCGACGGACGGUAAUAAUAAUCUGCACUCGAACGGCGGGCCUGAUAUGCAUUCGCUCGCGACCGAUACGUCCGGUACGAUGCACAACUUUCUGAACCUGAACCAAAUCUUCAGCUACGGCGAGGGUUUGCACGGUGCGAAUGGUGAUAGCUGUAGCAACGAUAAUUUUGGUCUGGUGGCGGCUUUCAAUCCGUCCCUUUCGCCAACGGCCCUGUCGCCGUACAGUGAGAUGAAGGGUUCCUGCUCGUCGACUGGCUCACAGUCCGGUGGGCUACACUAUGGGAUGGAGAACACUAACUCAAAUCCGAUGCUCUCGAACGCUCUGUCCCCUAAUUCGGAUAGCAAUCGUAGUCAUGAUGGAGUUUUCUUGCGCCCUGGAGCCGUCUAUUCGAGUCAAAGUCCUCCCGGUGCACGGCUUUCCAAGCGCUCGUCGAUCGACAGUGGCAUCAACAUGGACAACCGUUCGGUAGCGCUCAGCCGUACGGGAAAAACGUUCCGUGAUGCUGGUCAGCGCACAAACCGUAUGGAUCGCAGCAUGUCACUGCCGCUAGCGUCGGGUGGUGGACAGCCGAGUGGCAAGAACCAACCCGGCACACCUUCCAGCACGGCUGGAGGUGAUCGAGAGGCGGACAGUUUCUCGCUGUCGUUGAGCGAACGCACCACGGAGUCACCGUCGCAGGUGUCGAGCAAUGUGUCGCUACUGUCACCGUUGCGUAAAAUGGACUUUGCUUUGUGUGAGGUAUCGGCUACGGAAAGCAGCCCGAUGUGCGAGGAUGCUGACUCACUGCAGGAGGACGACUGUCACCAUCAGCUGCCGGAUAGUAUGGAUAUGGGUCAGGGUGGCACCGGUGGGAACGGUGCCGGGGCUGUGACGAGCGCCGUAGGGGAUUCCGAUGCGAAGGUGCUAACACUAGCCGAACAAAUUAUAGCCGCCAUGCCAGAACGUAUCAAGAACGAAUCAGAAGAAACUAUGUACCUUGGCAGUCCGCUGCCAGACUCGCUGAACGAGGACACGUCCGGGAUGGGAAUAUUGAACGACACCUUCAUGGAGCCGUUGCUCGAUUCGCUUCCUUCGUCACAGUUUGAUCAAGAGUUUAACUUUGAGUUCAGCGAUCACAACUACCGUUAUCAUGACGUCGGUACACCCUGCUCCAGUCUCAGUCCGGCAUCGUCUGGUCCGCUACAGUCUCCUGCCAGCUACUCGAUACCGCAAGAUCAUCCCGUCGGCUCGCCAAGUCCCCCGCCAACAACGCAGGAUUUUACCGAGUUUCUACAGUCCUCGAACGGUACCGUGCGUCCGUUUGAAGCCGAUUUCUCUAACCUUAAGCUAAAUGAUCGCGAACAGCGUGAACUGUACGAAGCAGCUAAAUGUAUCCAAAAGGCUUACCGUUCGUACAAGGGCCGUAAAAGCCGCAUGGAGGAACAGGACAAGGAGCGUACGGCGGCCGUUGUGAUACAGAACUACUAUCGGCGUUACAAGCAGUACGCGUACUACCGCCAGAUGACACAGGCCGCGCUCGUCAUCCAGAACGGUUAUCGAUCGUACUGUGAGAACAAGCGGUUCAAGAAAGCGCAAACCAGCCAGCAACAGCAGCAACCGGUAACGAGCAGCGAGGAGGACAAGGCAUCGGCCCAAUGUCUCGAAACGUACUACCAAAACUUCCGCAACGAGCAGAAGCAGCAACAAUCGCCUCAGCAGCAACAGCAGAACAAUCAGCAGGGAGGUUCCGCCUCGAAGGAACCAAGUCCGUCGGGUCCCUUGAAACGAACUUAUUCGCAACGAACACAAAAUCAGGCCGCUAGAAAGAUACAGCAGUUUAUGAGACAAUCGAAAAACAAUACAUGGGAUGAGCAAAUGACUAACUUGGCUACAGAGAGAACGAGCCGAAAAAGAGAGGCUGGUCCACCUACGCAGGGUGGAGUACCUCCAAAGCUUGCAGUGUCACGAACAGCCCGAGGGACAGCCUACCAACGCUCCAAGGUGAACUGAACCAGGCUGCAACCGUACGGUUGGCGUCACUCGAAGGGCACACUGUUCGCGCUGGCAGCAUCACUGCAGCUAGACUGUAGGCGUUACUUACACUAGCGGACACCGCAUUCGGUAUUUGUUUGUUUUACUCGGUAGCAUCUACGUUCACAGCGUUACAUGUGUAGUGAAUCUUACUUUACUCUGUUACCUUUUCUUUCUUUUACACUAGUAGCAAAGUCAAACGAAUGUGUAGCCGUUGUUGUUAUGUUUAAAUUCUUAGAUGAAAACAAAACCGAAAAAAAAACCGUCCCAGCAUUGCGUUACGUUGCGUUUCGUUUUGCAUCGUUUCACGGUAACGGUGAAAUAUUUCACCACUCGUAACGCUGCGUGUGAAAUGUUUCGGUAGCAAUGCGCUAGAUGGCGCUAACGAUGCGUUGAGAGACUUUCGUGAGACGAUUGUGUAGCGUGAUGAAAUAAGAAUGAACGAAACUCAGCGGGAGAAUGUUAUCAAAAACAAAGCUAAUAAUACUGUAGCAAACAAGUAACUACUAACAAGUGGAUGAUGUUUGAGGGAGGAAGGUGCGUUUAAUCUGAUACCUGAAAUUUUAGUAGAAAAUUCUAGUUAAAUAAUGUCUCAACCGUGUUGUCAAGACGGGGAGGGGAGCGAAAAACAUUUAGCAAAAAUUGUGUACACAAACUAAAAGGAGAAUCAGAACGAAGACAAGCUGGUAAAAAAAUGUGAUUUCAAACACCUUUUUUAAAGAAACAAAAAUCCAGUACGUGUACUAUUAUAGCUCACCCAUCUCACGUACUGUUGUUUGAUGGGUGCGAGCAUAUAUUGCUGGUGGUGUUGUUGCCAAUGCGUGUACGAAGCAGUUAAACGGAGAAGAAAACCAGAAACUUAUUUUCAACGAUAAACGAGAAUGAGCUAUCGCUACCGAACUAUCGAUGCGGUUCAAAAUAGUGUAGAAGGGAAGAUAUUUAUAGUGAAAAAAAAAAAAAAAUUAGUGGCACACGCUGGUCAAUUGUAGUUGAAAAGCUAAAGGGAGUGUAAAUAAUGACCGAAUUCUUCCGUAAGGAGUUCGAUCAACUUUUUGGCGGGUACUGUGUACAGGCUUAGAGCAGUUGUUACGGUUCUUGUUUUAUUAUUUAACUGAUGAAACUUUUUUACACUAGAAACCACGUAGUGAUUUAAGGAGAGCUGGAAAAUAGUAACAUCUAUUUAUAAUCUUGAGAUCAAAAAACCAAACAACAAAAAAACACAUUACAUACACACAUACAGAUAGUGAGUCAACUUUUCCCACAUUGUAACUCUUCAAAGGGUGUAAAGCGCUAGGGGGUGAAAGUGUUGUACAUAAACAAAGAUUCGUUCGGAGUUGAUCUUGAAACGAUAAACACAGUGAUUUUCUAUUUAAUUGUUAACUUUUGUUAAAUUGAACUUAGAGCAAACUAGAUCUUAAGCGUAAAUCAUUCGCACACUCAAAUUUGCAAGCAAAGAGUUGGUGCGUGCGUGGGUUUGUGUAUAAAAUAUUGUGAAACAAAACUUGGUCUUAAGUCAAAACCCAGGUUAAGGAUAGGGAUGAUAGACAACGGCAAAACGAAAGCGAUCGAAGCUACCUAUAAUAGACAUAUACAUACAUAAAGUGACAUAUACAUACAUACAUCCAUAUAUAUAGAUAUAUAUACAAGCUACAACUAUUUAUCUCUUUUUUACAACGUUUCGGAACGAUAAGGCAGCAGACGGAACAGCGCUAAUAUAAUCCACACGCCAUUCAAAACCAUCUCUUUCAAGCGAUAAGUACUGUAAACACCCGUUACAACCUGUGAGGCGCUAGCCGGGUAGGAAAUGAGGCAGAACAGCAAACGUUUUCUCUGUCUCUCAAAAAACAAAAUGGUGACUCUGUGUGCGUCCAUCUUAUGACUUUCAAGGAGUAAAAUUACAAAUCUAUCUACAACAACGCAAAGCAACGGGAGAGAAAAAAAAGUCUCGUCUCGUCGACAUCAAAUCAAAGCAAAGAACAAAUUACUAAUACCUGAUAAAGCUGAUGAUCAUCGUUUGUAGAGCGGCAGGAGAGAAAAAUUACGGGAGUGACAUAGACACAAGUACUGAUCCGAUUGCCAUCAGCAGCUUUCUCUUCCGGUUGAUAGAUAAGCAAAACAGACCAUCUUGGUAGCAGCUACCAGCAAAUGGCUUCAAGCAACAGCAGCAACAACAAAAAUGUGACAAAAUUUUGAACUUAAAAACAAUUUACACUCUCAGCUACUCGCCAUUUUGCACUAUCAAAUGCGUGCGCAACUUUCGACUUUCCAAAAGAAAAACAAAACAAAAAAACAUUGCGGAUCGAUUACUAAACUUUAAAGGUAUAUAUUCUAUACAUUGCUAAGGGUUAACCAGGUUAAGGGAGGCAAUGCGUUGAUUGCACCACAUUCGUACAUCAUUUGUAUAUAUUUCAAAACCCAAAAUAACAUACAUAUAUAUUUGACAGAAGAGCGAUAGAAGCUAUAUAUACAUACAUACAUAACUUCAUACAUACAUGCAUCCUCUACGUACACACGUGCAUAGCUACUUACCUUACGGUGUAAGCGCAAGGGAAAGGUCAAGUUAAGGACGAAUUCCAGUUUAAAAUUUUUCUCCAUUUGCAUAAGAAAAAAAAUGACAAGCAAAACACUAACAACAACAAAAAAAAAACACACACACACACAAACAACACUAGAAAAUUGAUAGAUGACAAAUGAUAGGUACGAUUUAAGCAUUCUUUACAUUCUUCUUGCGCUAGGAAGUAGAAUAGUGUAAUGAAAAUAAAAAAAUAAAAAAACCCAAAAGCUGAGGGAAAAAAUGUGAAAAAUAAAGAAGCAAAAAACACACACACCUUACCAGUAACAUCAAUCUUAAAUGCAGUAAAUCAUUUAAGAAGAGCAAAAACUGAAAUUAAAAUAAAGGCAACAGCAAAAGAACACACUUAUACAUAUAUGAAAAACAUACACAAAUAGGAUAGCGCUAGUGUAAGGAACUUAAAAUAAAAGAAAGAACAGGCAAAAUGGAGAGAAAGAAUGCUGAGAAGAACAAAUACGGAACAUUGGAAUUGAUUAAAUGCAUAGUUCGCAAUAGUUUCGUUAAAAACGGUUUUAAAACAAAAGAAGAGAGCAAAAAAAAAGAAUAAGUUUUUGAGUUUUUGGAUAGUUGCUUUCAAAAUUAAUUAACAUAACAGCACAAAACAGAACAGUAGAAGGUUGAAGAAGACAUCAAAACUGUAAAGAAAUGAAAGUGAAAACAGACAACAGAGUUGUAAAAGAAUCACAAGAGAAUAAGGAACUAAGAGUGGGCAAAGGAAGAACGAUGUUGACAAGGUAUAACAAAGGGAAAGGCUCUACUUAUUUAUUGUUUCAUUUUGAAAAACUUGUUUGUUUUGUUACCUUUUUGCUUGUUGCAUGAUGUAAAACUACGUCUUUACUCUAAUGCUAAAAGAAGCACACUAUCCAAGUGUAUCGGAAACUGUUACAUUCAACACAAGCAAUAAACUGUCUAAAAACGGUGCACAGCUUUAAAAAACACACACAAGUAAUACACACACACACACACACACACACACACACACACACACCAACACCUGUUUUAAACAUGUUCUGUUCGAUCGAAAUCGUAGCUUCGUUUAUCGCUUCCUGUUUGUUGCGGAUCCGUGGAAUGAAGAAGCAACCGAUUUUAGUUUCCAUGUGUUUGUCCCGCAGACAAAAUCAAUCGAUGAAAUCGAUUUUACCCAACCAGCUCACACACGAACGCUGUCCUUCUAGCGAUUGUCAAGAAGAUGCAACGGCACCCGCCCGUUCAAAAUGUCGCCUCAUAUCAAACUAAACCGGCGACAAACAGAGCGUUACGCAUCACCAGCGCAAUAGGUCGCACGUGUUAAACCGUCGUCCAAGUUGGACGCGUUUUCACUUUUGAGCACACACACACACAAGCGUCAUUCAUUUUUAUACACGAAAAGAAAUGGUUCAAUGUCAGGUCGGUUUGAUGCAAGCAGGCGGGAAAAAUCCUUCCUAUUAAUUAGAAGCGAACGGGCUCAGACGUGCGCGUUGCGUAACGCAUAGUAACGCAUCGAGGCGUGACAGAUGAGACCUCCGGGUGCAUAAUUUCCACGCACCGAAACUGUUCAACAAAACUGGCAGGAAGCCAUGGAGGUAGUAAAUUGUCAAGGCAACGGUUGCUGUGUCGCCGAGGAUCGUGUGUGUGUGAUUAAAUCUCGUAACGUUACCGCAAAAAAAAAUUGCGCUUGAUCGUAAAAAAAUGACGGGUUUUCGGAGGUAUUGAUAACAAACUUUAAGGGUGGUUUAUCAGCGUGUGUGUGUUUCUAAGUUGCAUUUUAAUAAGCAAUUUUCUUUUCACUAUUUUUCUAUAAAGCAAUGAGAGACAGAGUAUCAUAUCAGGGAAAAUCGUAAGUUUGGUCCGGUAUGGUGGUGAUGCUGGUGAUGAUGGUGAAGUAAAUAAAUACAUGAAAAAAACAGCAAACUAAAUACGUCCAAAUGGGAAGUUACCAAAGUUCCCACAAUCAGUACAUAAAUACAUACAAAAGAAAACAACUCAAUUCGAAAAAGGUUCCAGCAAAUUAUGGAACACACAAUUUCUAAUGCUACAAUUAAGAGGUAUGGAAGUUGGGAAGGUGGAUUGAACGGCUUUAAGUGAAAGUUUGGAAUGACAAGCAAGUAGAACAGCAGCAGCUACAAAACGGUUGUGUGUGUGUUUAAGUGGAUGAGUUUGUGGAGGAUUUAAAGGAUUUCACAACAGCACACCCGUUUCUUACAACCCCUUUAGGACAAACCGUUCAACCUGUUCAACAUCGCACCUUAAGACAAGCAAAAGGACACCUCUCGUCACCUUCUCUUCGUGAGGUCCUAGUGGAAGGAUACAAGUAAAGUAUUAACACACACCUUUCUCACAUGCACAUGCCUCCCAGGAUGGAACACUAGAGUGAUCUAUUGAAGAAUUUAUCUAGCUAGGCCGCGUAGUAGGAACCGGUAGGGAUCGAACGUUCCCGAUCGGCAAGGCGAUUUACCAAAUUUACCACUCGUCUUGCGUAGAGAAGAUCCGUUUUUUUUAAAGUAAGAAGAGAGAUCUUUAAUAGACUUGCUCCCCGGGGAAAAAAACAUAAAACUGCUGCUGCGAUUUUUCCAAAUUGAUACUAAAUGCAAAUUUAAAAGCAAACAGUUUCUAGUGAUAUUCGAUUUCUUCUUCUUUCCUCUUGUAGUAUAGUGAUAAAAACAAAACACCCAGUUAAACACAAACUACACACUCACACUACUAGCGGGAACCGUUACUAGGAAAAGGGAAGAGCGUUACUAAAUCUCGUAGAGGACAGAGACAAGACAGUGACGGCUGCGGUUUAAAAGUAAAAAUAUAUUUUUAUACAGCAAAAUCAGCUAGUUAACUUAAAGCUAACAACCGUAGUGAUCAGAGAUGCUCCAUCUCGCGUCCCAACACACACACACACACACACACACACACACACACACACUCUUCUUCUCUAUCACUCUCCUUCACCCCUGCUUUGCUAGAGCGAUAGAGAAAGAGAGAGACAGAGAAGCAGGAUGCCAUAAGCAAUCAGCAAUCUACCUUAGUAGUACUUUUGCUAAGCUAACCUUCUUAGUGAAACCCCGAUUAGGCGGGGGCACGAUCGAUAGGAAUAGUCCCCAGAGAGAAAGAAAGAGGAAAAAACCCUUCCCCCAAAACAACAAUCUACCCAAGAAAGUGUUCUUUCAUUCUGAACUAUUUCCUUAGUAGCUUAGCUCAGUCGCCCGUGAGCCGAUCGAAAGAGUCCAACAGCACGGCGACGCGUAGCGGUAGUAGCUUUUCUUGCCCGUAGAGAAUAGUUUUCCGGGGUGUCCUGGGGACCCGUGAGGAUUUUCCCUCAUCCAUUUUUAUUCCACAACACGUUGGACGUUCGCUUUGAAAAAAAAACUCACGUUGACACUCUAUUUCUAUCCUUCACUCUCUUACCUAAUCUGUUACCUAUGCUGUAAGUUGAUGGAAUAAGGUGAAGCGGAAAGGCGAAGCUCGAUAGGGAUAGUUUUCUCACAAACACAAUUAACAGUGCACACCUCAUAGUCUCACUACCACCCUUUCUUGUUCCACCAAAGCACGGAAGCGAGCGAGUACUUAGCACGGUGGCACGAGAUUUAGACCUUAACUGCUCCGGCAUGUUGGUAAUCAGUUACUUACGAGAUGGACCUUUUACUUCCUACUUGAAGAUGAAGCUAGUUCACGUUCUGUAACGCACAUACAUACUUAUCAAUCUAAGCGAUGAACCUAACCUUACCACACUUAAUACACAGAAGAAAACACUUGGAAGAAUCCAAUUACCACUCCUGAUCGAUAUUGAUGAAAGGUACUAGGAAAAAGAAAAAGUUAAGUAAAGGAAAGGAAGUGAAGGAAGGAAAGAAAACUGAAACAGAAAAGAAAACAACAGCGAAGAAUAGUGAGAAUUGUAAAGGGAAAUGUACACACCACACAAGGGAAAUGUACACCAUACACUAUAUAAAAAAAAUCACAAACACACUUACACACAGUACGAAACAAGAAAAAGGGCAAAAGGGAAAGAAAAUGAAAAGAAAGAAUGUGAAAGCGUAAAUAAAACAAACGAAACAGCAAACAAGACAAAAAAACACACACUUGAAGAGUAAUGUUAAACAAAAGAAGAUAAUUAAACAUAACAAGCAAGCUUUAACAUAUUUUUAAACACACUCACACUCACAGCUCAGAUACACAGGUGAGAUUUCGCUAAAAACGAGAGGUAAAACACUAAGAAGGCAAAACAAUGCGCUGCUAUAAAUAAAACUAUAAAUCAAUUUCCACAACCCUAAUGGCGGCAAAUGGUAACAAUUACAAGUUGUUUGGCAAGUUCUUCAAUGCAAGCAAGCAAGCAAGCUGUUUUACGAACGAAUGCACUAGACACGAGCGAAUAAGGAUGAGUAAAUAAGUUGUUAAGUAAGAAACACCAAUAAAAAAAAACAAAAACAAACAAAAACAAAACAAGUAAAUAAAAGUGAAAAAAACAUAAUAAAAAAGCAUCUCCUGUGACAAAUCAAGUUGAAAGAGUGAAAACCGCGAUGAAAACAGCAAACAAGUUAAGAAAAAUAAAGCAACUCUCUUUAACCAUACUGUUUCUUGUGCGAUAGUAUUAUUGUGGUCUCUCUCUCGUCUCUAUUUGAAUAGUAAGAGAGAUAUUGCCGGAAGGCCCAAGCAAGCGAACAUGUACAGAAACCGAGUUGGCAAAUGGGAAGCCAACACUUCCUAAUGCACACGGUCGAAGCGGACAGACAGACAAAGCUUCGCGAGUUAUCGUUUGCAUGUUUACGCUUAUAACGCCAUGCUGCCAUCAGAGGCCAUCCUGUCCCCCUUCCCUUGCUCCUUUCCUCCCCUCGACCCCAUUUUCCCUAUCGUCUAUCGACGCAGCAAUCACCGGAGAGAAUUUUGAGAAAAGUCUGAUAGUGUUUUUUCCCCCCGUCUGCCACAGUUUUCCCCGCACACAAUUUCCAAUACUAAGCGAUAGAUCGAUAGCCGGGAGGUAGGAUCAGUAAGCCAGACGAUAGCUAGUGAGGCGUCUGGUGGGGUGUCCCGGUACAGUUGUUCACCAAUAGGGACAGCUACCGGCACAGUCCGUCGGCAGCAUUUCGGUUGUGAGCGUUUGGGUUACUGCGGGAGGCAAAACUAGUCACCCAACGUCUGACUACUGACAGACGUCGGCUUAGCGACACACUAGGCGUCUCCCUCUCAUUAAUCUCUAGCAAAACGGGGGUCAAACCCCAGUGUUCUCGCGUUCUUGUUCAAACGACUUUAGGCUAGACUGUUUAUUCACCUUUCCUUCUUAUAAUACUAAUAAUACAACUCGUGUAAGAUUGUAAGAAAACGCGAACCCAUAGCUUUAAACCCGUUUCCAUCUUUUGGCACAGCUGCAACCACACUAAACUAUUACUAACGUUCUGUGCACCGGAGUAUGUAAGGCAUACUGGUCUCUCUUUCUCCCACUCUCUCUGCGUUUAUCGAAUUGCUUAAGCGGUGAUUGGUUUUCGAAAAACUUUCACGAGAACAUGUCGUUCCCGCGAAACGGGAAAGCAUUAAUUUGAAGAGUGGACAGAACUAGCAUGCAAGUGGUAUCAAACAUGAGUAAGAGGAAGAAACGUGUUAAAAUUAAAAGAGGUUUAAAGAAAGUGAAAAAUAAAACGGUAAAGAAAGUGAAAAUCAUUCAAAACGUUUGUUGCAUAAAUGCAUUCAAAGUUCACACUCGAUUAAAAAGCAGAACAAUGAUUGGAAAAUGAAAAGAAAAGCGGAUAAAAAAAGGAAAAAAACUUCUUACCGAGAUUCGUUGAGCUGGAAAGCUACAGAAGAACGUAAAUUGAAUCGUGUUGAAUGCACUAAAGCACCGUUGAAAAAUCAAACUGCA